ACCCUGAUUGGUUGAGAGCAGUGAGCAGAAGUGACCUCUGUCCUUGAAUAUGGGAACAUCAACAUUGGGAAAGGCAGCAUCUCUUGAUGCUCUUUUAAAUGAAUGCAUUCAUGCAUUUGAUGACAAUGGACAGUUGCAGGCCAACCUGCUUCCCCGCAACCUCCUGAUGAUGCAUCGCUGGUAUGUUACAUCCUCCGAACUGGCGGGAAAGCUUCUGAUGAUGUACCGUGACUGCAAAGAUGACAACUGUCAGAUAACCAGGCUGAAGAUUUGUUAUUUAAUGAGGUACUGGAUAGUCACAUUCCCGGCAGAGUUCAACCUGGAUUUGGGUCUGAUCCAGAUCACAGAAGAGUUCAGAGACGUGGCUGCUCAGCUCGGCUGUGAGGAGCAUUUCAAAUUCCUCGACAUCUCCACAAUUCCGUCCUAUGACUGGAUGCGUAAGCUGACCCAGCGGAAGAAGCAGGCCAAGAAAGGCAAGGCCUCACUGCUGUUUGACACCUGCAGCCCAUGGAGCUGGCGAGCAUCUCACUUUCCUUGA